AACCCAAUGUUCACGUCUGACAACGCGGACGAAGUCGCGACCAUUAUAAAAGAUAUAAUUGGAACACGUCGUAUAUCAAAUUCAUUAUUAGCGAGUGCAAGACGUAAACUAGAACAUCUCGAGUCCAAAUUUGAGUCCACUUGGACGAAUUCCUCGUAUGCUGUAAAUAGCAAAAAACGGCAACAGCCUGAAAAUACACAUUACUAUGAAUCCAAACAAAGGAGAAUUGCUGAUAAUGAUAUUGGUGACAAAUCAGAGACAGAUCCAAAUGAUGAAGCGGAUUUUGAUAACAGCAAAGUAUCUAGUAUUGAUUCAAACAUCGUAUUAACAGAUAGCGAUACCGAUAAUAAUAAG